AUGAACUGUAGGCAAGAGCUUGAUUGCGAGCAGAGUGCACUCGUCGAGAACCAAGAUCGUGGGCUCGGAUUGAAGGGCGAGUGGUCCGGGGUACCCAGCUGGUACGGUGGGAAAAUCCAGCAGACGUGCCACCUGCAGCGCGUGUCCGAGGCGACAUUCAAGCUCACACUGGGGAAGAUGGAGAUGAGGCGCUCGCAUCGCUUUGCGCGUUUUCUUGGUUCGCGACGGCUGCUGCAAAUAAAGCUUCCUGAGUCUUUCAGCGACCGAACGGCAGAAAAGGAGUUCUUAAACCAGAAGUUUGUCCUGUGCGGGAGGGUAUUCCAGGUUUUCGCCGCCAAGGAAGAGAAAGCGUAUGCCAUGGAAGUGGGCGAGGACUACGACAGGCUACCGUGCAAGAGCGAAGGUGACUUCUACCGGCUUUCAUUGGAGGAGUUCGUUGCCCGCCACAGCCCACUGCACCUGAAUGCCGCCCAGCCUGUCUCGAAGUUCAAUGCACGCUUUGACCUCGGUCUGUCGACAUCGAGGCCAGUGCUGCACUUCUUCCUUCCUGAACUAAUAGAGAUCAUUGAUGACCAGUACGCACCCUUGGAUGAUCCUGCCAGGAAGGUGCCGCCCGAGAAGAUCUACACGGACGGCUGCGGGUUCAUGAACGGGGCGGCACUUAAGGUGAUCAAAGACACACUCGGAUUGGAUGCGCUGCCAUGCGCAGUCCAAGGGCGAGUCUUCGGGUCGAAAGGCGUGUGGGUAUUGCACCCAGAGCACGCGGACGUGUACGGGGAUGAGCUGCCGCGAAUUUGGAUACGCAGGUCACAGCAGAAGGUACAACUCGCGAUGGACAUGGAUCCAGGCGAACUGGAGGCACUACACCCGGUACAUUUCAUCUUCGACCUCGUCGCAGUGCCACGGGUGUCGACGAGUCCGCAUCUGAACAGACAUACGAUCGCGAACCUACAUCACAACGGCGUACCCGUGUCGGCAUUCGCGGAGCUCAUGCGGACGGAUGUCGACAAGAUGAUCGUGCCGCUGAUGCAAAUCAAGGGCCCAUUCGCCAUGCCGCUCCUCUGGAGAAAUGUCGACAAUAACGAGGGUGUAACCCGACAGCGCAUUUUGCAGCUUGCAUUGGGUGCGCAGCGCGUGCUCGGUUUAGCGUCUCGUAACGAGGUGCCCGAGGACGACGAAGAUGUUGAGGACGAUACGGACGAGGUGACAUCGUCCGAUGCUGUCAAUCCCUUGGUUCUGUCCGGGUCCAGAUACCUCCCAGGUGGCAAGCCUAUAUCUGUGGCAGAACGCUUCAUGCGACUGAUCGGUGCAGGCUUUACACCCGAAGAAGAAUAUACGCACGAUGAGUACCAGAAGGUUCGGGACCGUGUGCUGAAGGCGUUUUUCGACAAUCUGCGGCUCCCACUGCGCGCUUCUGCUGAGGCAUUUAUUGUUCCCGAUCCUACCGGCAAGCUGCGAGAAAACGAGAUCUAUUUUCGCUCGUCGACCUUAGCCUUUGAGGACUCGCCCAACAUAUAUGAUUGUCAUCUGAUGCUAGGUGACUGCUUACUGUACCGUAAUCCUGCACGGCUAGCGUCGGAUGUGCGAAAAGUGAGGGCGGUGGACGUACCUGAGUUAGUGCUGUACAAGGAUGUGAUUGUCGUGCCGUGCAAGGGCCCUGUCUCACUUCCUAGUAUGCUCGCCGGGGGGGAUGUUGACGGCGACACCGCGGUCUGCAUCUGGGACCCCGCAUUGGUCAAGCCCUUCACGAACGCAGAGCUCGUCACGGUGCCGGAUGGUUUCAAGGAAGAAAACUUCGAGCCAGAGGACGAGAUCGUUGCCGUGCAGACGCUGUGGGAAGACAUUGAUCCUGCGCGGCGCUCGGACGCGCAGGAGCGGUCUGUAAUCUUGCAGCGACACCUUGUGUCGGGUGUGUCUGCAUCUCGGACGGGCCUCUAUAGCAAGUAUCAUGACUUAGCGAUGUUCAUGUUUGGUUACGCGCAUGAGCAAACGCAGAGGAUUGCACUGAUGUUCAACUUCAUCCUUGACUCCCGCAAGUCGGGCAUGGUCGUAAAACCGGACAUUUUCAUUGCCGACAAAAGGCGAUUUGACUAUGAUAUACCUGAAUGCAUGGGCGAAUCCUCGCUAGCAGGUAAUCCCCGACGGCCGCUCCGCAAGGAGGGACUCGGUCGCUUCGUCCUCGAGCAGCUCCAGGAUGCCGCAAAGGAGAUCGAAGGCAAUGUUAAGAAGCGGUGCGAGACGCAGCUAUCGGGGCUCGCAGUGAAGAAAGAUGCCGACAUCGUCGCCCUCUGGAAGCAGUACUCCGAUGUGCCGCUGCUACAGGACGAGACGGCGGCCGUCAGGGACUUUGUCAACGACUGCUACCAGAAGUGGCUGUCCAUUUGGGGGCGGAGCCCAUCAAAGCGUGACCGCGUGUUUUACGGGAGCAAGAAGGAGGCGCAGGAAAGCCGCAGCAAGAACGAUGCGAGCCGCCGUGCAGUCGCAGCGGAGUUCAACGAAGGCCCCGAUCCAGCGAGAACGAGUGUCCUCCGGAAAUUGGGUUUGCUCGACAAGGCAAUGGCGGCGUGUGCGUACGCUGCCGGCCGGAAGUUUGCGUUUGACGUUGCGUUCACUCAGCUCACACUCAUUAAGGCCGAGAAGUGUGGUAUCGCACCGACCACGGAACUUAUGAGCAACUUCCUCACGAUGCCGGCGUCCGCUGUGAAGGUGCUCACGAGCAGGUUAGAAGUUACUGGGGGUUAGUCAAAAGCAUUCCAAGAUAGGUGGGUGUCGGUGUUGUGU